AUGACCUUGUUUGGGGAGCUCAGCUAUUUAUCCUUGGCUAGUAUAACUCUAACUGUAUUUCUUGCCUACGUGAUAGGCUGCAUAGUGUAUCGCCUGUACCUUAGCCCCAUUGCGGCCUUCCCAGGCCCUCCGCUGGCAGCUGUGACUUGGUACUAUGAGUUUUAUUACGAUGCAAUAUGUGGUGGCCGGUAUAUCUUCAAAAUCAAGGAUAUGCAUAAGCGCUACGGGCCCAUUGUUCGCAUCAACCCCGAAGAGCUUCAUAUCGAAACAUCGACCUUUUAUGAUGAGUUGUAUGCACCCGGCGGCAAGAAGAAGAGAAAUUUGAACCCCCAAUUUGAACACCAAUUUGGAGCGCCCAACAGUACCUUUGCUACCGUAGACCAUGAUUUACAUCGCAUGCGUCGUUCCGCUUUGAGUCCAUUCUUCUCAAAAGCAAGUGUACGUCGGCUGCAGCCUGUCAUAUGGGAAAAGGUCGACAAACUUCUUAGACGUUUGGAUGAAUUUAAGAAUACGGGCCAGCCGGUCCGCAUGGAUAUUGCCUAUGCUGCGUUUACCAAUGACGUCAUUAUGGAGUACAGUUUCAACCACUCGCGCGACAGAUUGCAGAAACCUGACUUUGGUGAGCCAGCUCAGGAGGCCGUUCUUGCUAUGAGCAAAGUUGUGCAUUGGAUGAAGCACUAUCAUUGGCUCAUCUAUUUGGCGCAGCUUAUUCCCCCAUGGAUUGUAUCAUGGAUUAGCCCAACGGUUGCAAACGUGCUUGAGGAUGAACAGUCCUUCACCCGCGAGAAUGUGGCCCAGGUGCACCAAAUCAUGAACGAUAAAGAUAGAUUAGGGGUUGGAAAGCAGUCAAAAACCAUUUUCCAUGAUCUGCUAGCGAAUCCGGAUCUUCCAGUUUCAGAAAAGAGUGUCGAACAGCUUGGCCAGGAAGCCAAGAUACUCGUAGCCGGCGGGACUGAGACCACUUCUUGGACUCUAUCGGUUAUCACAUACUACCUACUGAGCCAACCGCAUACUCUAUCCCGCCUUCGUGCCGAAUUGAUCGCUUCCAUCCCUGAUCCUACAGCAAGCGUCGGUAUCGAGGUGCUGGAGCACCUUCCCUACCUUACUGCCGUAAUCCAAGAGGGCCUGCGACUAUCCUAUGGCUCUGUUGGCCGGCUGGCACGUGUAUCUCCCGAUGAAGCAGUGACAUUCCAUGACGAGAAGCGUGCAAAGGACUGGAUAAUCCCCCCGGGGACUCCUAUGAGCAUGAACUCUGUUUUCGUGCAUCAUGACCCCACCAUCUUUCCGGAGCCAAGCAAGUUCAGUCCGGAACGGUGGAUUGAGGCCGAAAAAGAAGGUAAAAGGCUUAAUAGGUACCUUGUGUCCUUCACAAAGGGGUCUAGGUCAUGCGUGGGUAUCAAUCUGGCCUAUGCGGAACUCUAUAUUUGCGUCUCGAGAAUUUUCAGACUAUACAGCUGCACAGAGGACGAAAUGAGUGGGAAAGGGGGAUGGUUGGAGCUCUUUGAGACAUCCAACGAGGAUGUAGAGUUCGCGACUGAUAUGUUCAUUCCUGCAACCAGGCAGGGAAGUAAAGGCGUUAGAAUGCUUGUCAAGGGUAUUUGA